AUGGUCGCCUCCCAGAUGUUCAUCGGCGCUGCUGCCACCCUCAUCGCCUCCUCGACUGCCUUCGUCGCACCGAUGGCCGUGCCAUCUGUUGCCACUACUACUUCCUCCGCGAGCCUCAAGAUGAGCGCCGGUUCGGACUACGUCGCAACUUUGCCCGGAGCUCCCUUCUCUGACGGAAAGGGAGGAGGUGCUUUCUAUGCAUUGCCCAAGACCAUGCAUACCCUGAGAGCCGUUGUGUCUCGCCGCUUUUUAUCCGUGUCCAAAGGGUGUCAUUUAUGAACGCGGCAUUAGUUGUGGGAUGUGUAUUUGGUCCGACAUGAACGCGUGAGGUACAGCAGAAUUGGCAAGUAUUGCUGACAUCAACAGGUAUGAUGACGUGAUGCCUUGUGGAUACAUCGCGUUCUACAGCAGCAAGUACUUCGGUGGUUUAUGAAUCCACGCACCGUAUGCUUGCGUAAAUGUCCUGUUUCAGCGGAUCC